AUGUCCAGAUUGCUUGACUUUCUAGCCCCGUUCGAAGAAGUAAACGACCUACUUAUCGUCAUCGCUGGCGUCUUACUUACCAUCACCUACCUCAUUCAUACCGGCUUCCACAAUGCCGUCACUUCUUCCUUCGACAAUGCAGUCAACGCGGUCCAUUAUCUCAUCCUCGUCCUCUUUGUCUUUUUGUCCGCCUUCGCCACCGUUGCCAUAGCUCGCCUCACCGUUCGGGUGGUCGUCGCUUUCGUUCUUCUGGGAGUCGUUGGCAUCGCAACUCUCUACCCGGCAUUCCGUCUGUUUUGCAUCAUCGCCAGACGACUGCUCUGUCCCUGUCCUCCCAGACAGGAGAAACCGAUUCCGGGAAAGCAAGGUUCAGGUUCAGAAUCUUGUAUCGUAAAAUGUCCGCACGCAGAGCCACAGCACGAGAAUACGAUAUCCAGCGGUCAAACAGUACCCGCAAGCUAA